GUGCUCAUUUUCUCUUGCCCUUCCCCGACUGGCGGGAGGAAGCCCGGGAUCUGAGGCGUAGAUUCGGGAAUGCUCCUUUUUCGUUGUACCGCCCAAGGCACUUCAGCAGCCGGUGCAGACAUGGCCAAGUCCAAGAACCACACCACGCACAACCAGUCACGAAAAUGGCACAGAAAUGGCAUCAAGAAACCCCGGUCCCAAAGAUAUGAAUCUCUUAAGGGGGUAGACCCCAGGUUCCUGAGGAACAUGCGCUUUGCCAAGAAGCACAACAAGAAGGGUCUGAAGAAGAUGCAGGCCAACAACGCCAAGGCCAUGAGUGCACGUGCCGAGGCUAUCAAGGCUCUCGUCAAGCCCAAGAACCCAAAGGGCAGCAGCUGCAAGCUCAAUCGACUUGCCUACAUAGCUCACCCCAAGCUCGGGAAACGUGCUCGUGCCCGCAUUGCCAAGGGUCUCAGGCUCUGCCGGCCAAAGUCCAAGGCCAAGGCCCAAACCAAGUCCCAGUCUUCUGCUGCGACUCCGACUCCAGCUCCAGCUCCUGCUCCUGCUGCAGCUCAGCCUCCCAAAGGUGCCCAAGCCCCCACAAAGGCUCCAGUGUAGAGGCUUCUGUCUGCCAGUGUGAGGACAGAAGGACUGGUAUGACCCCUGGGCUUCUAUCCACAUGGGGCUGGUGUCCUCCUAUGCUAUUUGUACAAAUAAACCGGCAGGAUCUGUCAAAAAAA